AUCUAUAGCCCUUUUAACAACGGACAUUAUCACAAAGCAGCAUUACAGAAAUAUAUAAAUAUUAAAUUGCUAAAUUUAUCCUUAAUGAGAGACGGUGGUGAGGGAAAACUCCCUGAGAUGUUAAGAGGAAGAAACCUUGAGAGGAACCCGACUCAGAAGGGAACUGCUCCUCAUGUGGGUGACACCAGAUAGUGUGAUUAUAAUCCUGUAGAGUAACACUCAUUAUCACAUAUAACACAACUCUCCUUAAGAGUCAUCAACUUUUGUAACCACUCACACUCACACACACACACACACACACACACACUCAGAAAUUUCCUUGAUUCCUCAACUGUUUCCUCGGGAGGAGAUUAAAUACUGGUUUGAGCUCCUGCACCAGCACAUUCUGAAUCUUCUCCACUCUGUGAAUCUUCUCCACAGCCAGCAGCUGCAGACACCAUGACUCCUCUCCUCAUUCUGCUCCUGCACUGCUCUUUAGUGCUCGUGUCCUUUUCCUCACCGGUCAAACCUCGCAGCUCACAAACCAGCGGCUUCCAGUCCAGCGUGCAGGACGCACAGAGUUUGGUCAAUAAGCUGUUAAAGAAUAUUCCUGUGGUGCACAAGUCGUGUGUGAGAGAGCACUUUAUGAGCGACCCCUUCAGUCUGGAGUACAUCAGGGAGACGCUGGCGAUUCCUUCUCCACCCAAACUCGCCCCCAUCUCAGAAACACACACUCUGGAGAUGAAUUUGGGCCGAAUAUCUGAAGGUCUGCAGCUCCAUCAGUAUCUACUGCAGAACGUGAAGGAGAAAUUGGAUUGUUCAGAAGAACUAACAACGUUACUGGCUGAAAUCGUUGAGCUGAACACACACAUCAAUAAGGUGCAGGCAUUGGCUGGUGUUCCUGCUUCUAAGUCUCAGCUCGGCUCCGUCUCUGUCCUGGCUGAUCUCAGUAAAGACGAUUAUAACCUGAAGGUGGGCGUUCACCUGCUGCUGGAGCAGCUGCGUGCCUUUGCUCAGGACACUGUACGCACCUUACGAGAAAUUCAACACACACACUUCUAGCGUACAAGAACAUUCUUUCAUACGGUCUACUUUUUACAUGAAAUGCUAUUUAUUUAUUUAUUUAGUGAAAUUUUUAUAUAUAUAUAUAUAUAUUUAUUUUUGUAUGGCAGACGUGAGUGGGGAGAGUGAGGAG